CCAUGUUGCUGGGUCAGUGGUUUACACAAUGGGAGCCACAGAUUCUUUGGGUUUGGUCAGGUAUAAAAGUAACAGUUAAAACAGGACCACCAUCAGUGCAGCACAACCUCGUACUCUAAAGAACGAACACCACUACCAUCACCAUGGGAAAGAUCAUCUUCUACGAGGACAGGAACUUCCAGGGUCGCUCCUAUGAGACCAGCAGCGACUGCUCUGACAUGUCCUCCUACCUGAGCAGGUGUCACUCCUGCAGGGUGGAGAGUGGCUGCUUCAUGGUCUACGACCGUCCCAACUUCAUGGGAAACCAGUACUUCAUGAGGAGGGGCGAGUACUCAGACUACAUGAGCAUGAUGGGAAUGAGGGACUGCAUCAGGUCCUGCCGUAAUAUCCCCAUGCAUAGAGGCCAGUUCAGGAUGAAGAUCUUCGAGAGAGAGAACUUCCAGGGCAUGAGUCAUGAGCUGAUGGAAGACUGCGACAACAUCAUGGACCGUUACCGCAUGUCCGACUGCAUGUCCUGCCACGUGAUGGACGGCCACUGGCUGAUGUACGAGCAGCCCCAAUUCAGAGGCAAGAUGAUGUACCUGAGGCCCGGAGAGUACAGGAGCUUCAGGGAGAUGGGAAUGAGCGGCACAAGGUUCAUGAGCAUGAAGCGCAUCAUGGACAUGUAAAACCCAAUGUGUACAUUACAUCAAAGUCACCAAACUGAAUAAAACUUUUUUUGACAAA